ACGAGGGUCAGGAUGACUCAUUUACUCCAGACUACUCCAUGAGAUCGAGGUGGGAAAAAGGCGAAAAAGAAAGUAAAACUCGAAAGCUAUUUUUAUUUUUGUAGAGAGUAAACAUUCUUUCUAACUUCAUACAAGGAAAUAUAGCAAUCUAAAAGAAAUAUGGAGCCUACUGAAGUAAUACUUGAACACCAAGAUAUACAAUGUAAAGGAGAUGAUUCACAAAGUUCUUUCCCAGUAUUUGGUAACAACGUCCUUGUAAAAGCUAGUGAAUUAAACACAACAGACAGUAAUACAGCUAGUAACAAGAUUAAAGUUAGUCAAAUAUCAAAAUUUGAAUGGGAAGAAAAAUAUUACUCUGGAAAUCUUGUAUCCUGUAAUAGUACAUACAUAGCGUAUGUUUUGAAAGCUAAAGGAAGUGCAGAUGAUCAUGUUCGUGUUAUCAAUCAUCACACAUCGUCUCGUGUAUUACUGCGUGGGUUUAAAAAAUGUGUUGAAGACGUUAAUUUUGAAUCGUUUAAGUCUAACCAGUUGGCUUGUGUCGAUUCAGAAGGCACACUAUUUGUCUUCAAUAUAUUUGAAACAGAAGGAAAUGUAAAAUCUAAAAUAAUUAUAAAGGUAGUAAGAAGUCACAUUGACACUGCAAAAACUCGUCGAGUUGUUUGGGCACCUAAUCUUUUACUUCCUAUGGAAGGUCAUGAACCAAUGGUAGCUUUGUCCUCUGGAUGUGAGGCUGAAGUUUUUAACAUACAUACUAUAAAAGAAAAUUUUAAAGAAGUUGAGGAACUUUCUAGAGAUGAUAUUACAAAAGGUGUUAUUCGCAUUGAGAAGGGCCAUACUGAGGAAAUCACAAGUCUGGCAUUAUCUCCUGACACACAAGUGCUGGCUACAUGCAGUUUGGAUGGUGACGUUAAAUUUUGGAGCUUGAACUUUGAGGCUGAAGAUCCUCCAACCUGUCUUCACGAGUGGGAACCACAUGAUGGAGAACCUGUAUCAUGUUUAUUCUUUUGUGACAACUUAGUUGUUAGUGAUGACUCUUCACCGUUUUGGAGAUACCUUAUAACUGGGACUGCAAGGAAUUCGGUUUUAAAAAUUUGGUGCGCUGUCAAAUGGGAGUGUAUGCAAACCUUAAGGUUUGACAAGUACACUGAUAGUGCAAUCACUUCACCUUGCUUUAAAGUAGCGUUGGAUAUAUCUGCAAAGUAUCUCAUACUUUCUGAUAUUCACAGGCAGGUCCUGUAUAUCUGUCAAAUGCAUCACGAUCUCGAAAAAGAAAAUUCCUCCUUCAUAUCUAUUUCUGAGUUUAUUUUGAAAGAACCCUUGCUAAGUUUUGCAAUAAACGUUGCAAAAGAACGUAAAAGCAGGUCCUCUUCUGAUGAAGCUGAAGCUGACCUGGACGACAGCGAAGACAAGGAAGAGAAAGAAGAAAAAUCAAAUUUGUCUGUGGUUACUUUAUUUGCAAUUCAAAAGAGAGCAUUGCAGAAACUGUCAAUAAAGUUUAAAGCAAGCACGUCAGUGCAUACUGUUCCACCUUCCAUUUCGACAGCUUCUCAAGAUGACCUAUCAAUAAGAGAUGGUCUUUCGGAUAUUGAAGUUAUUGAGAAUACCACUGACAAAAACCCACCCGAAUCACUGUCUGUAUCUGAUGAAGACUUGUCAUCGCCAGUUGCAAGUUUCCGUAGCCUGGAGAGCACUCUGACGACUGUAUCUACUAUAUCCCUACUUCCUUCUUCGAUUACUCCCAUUGAAAACAAACUUGAUGUUUCUUCGCACAACGAAGAUGGAGAGACAACUUUGAUUGAUAUUCAGUCAACGGAAAUAAAUAACUCAGUGAUGGAGGAAUACUCCAUUGUUUCUGAGUCGUUGAUACAUGGAAUGGAGAAAUUAAGUUUUGAUGUGUCAAUGUUAGUUGGCAAUGAUGCCGUCGCAAAUGACGCUGUUGUUAAUGGACAUAGUGAAAGUAGCGCUAGUGUAGUCAUAAACGGUAAAACCGGGCCAGACGAAAGUAUGACGUCAAGUGCUCACAGGCAAAGAACACUUAGUUUUGAUGCAGUAGACGGUGUCGUGUUGGAUGAGAAACCUGUGAUAAGCACACCAAACACUACGAGUGACAAGACCACGACACCUGUCGACAUGCAGCAAAUGGCUACCAUUUUAAACAAACAGCAACAGCUUUUAAGCCAACAACAACACAUGUUAUACAGUCAGCAGCAAGAACUAAGCGAGAUGAAGGGCAUGUUAAAACAGCUGCUCAAUCAAAAGCGGCCUGCUUCAGGUGAAAGCCCAGUUGCUGCCUCUGACACCACGGAUCACGAGGAUUUGAAAGUCUUCAUGCAACUCCUGCAAAAGAGUGCCCUCUCUCAGUUCAGCAAAGCAAGUAAAGAUUUUAACAAGUCGUGCACACAGCGUAUCGACCAGUUUAUCAAGGAUCUUCAUGCGCAUGUGCAAAGUAGAGAGGAUCGAACAGUUCAACAGUUAUCGAGUGUUGUGUCCAACACCAUAGCGAUUAAGUUGGAGAAGACGAUCAAAGGCGAGAUGAAACAAACAGUGUUGAAUGGUUUGGAGAGGAUCCAACGUGAAUACUUUGAAAAAUUAACCAAUCAAAUUGCGCAGAAAUUAUCUGUAUGGGAGAGGACUCUUCGUGAAGAAAGUCAAGAACUCAUUAAAAGCAAACCGCUAGCUGAAUCGAUCGGGUUUGCAGCAGCAAGUAUACUCGAAGGGACGAUUCCGAAUGCGUACAGGGAAUCUUUUAAGAAUGUUCUUCUACCAGGAUUUGAGAAAGCUUCGAUGACCAUGUUUGCACAAAUCAACGAUGCGUUUCAAAAAGGGACCAAACAGUACCUUGAGCGUCUGGAAGGUCAUUUGGACGUAAGGAGACAGAAACAACAAGAAAAACAAGACCCUCUCAUCAAUAGUCUGCAAGAUUUGGUACAUUCCUUCCAAGGAACUGCAGAUCGAUUAACUAGUGGGGUAGAAACCAACCUCGAAGCUUUGAUGCAGAAGCAACUGCGUGAUGCUACCGAUAGAAUGCAAAACAACCUUGGGAAAUCAAUCGAAGCUCAGAUUAUUCCAUUGAUUGCAAAGUCUGUAAACAGACAUUUUGGCGAUGCUUUCAACGAGUGGAAGACUAAGAUUGAUGAAUCACUGAGUUUGAUACAAAGCUCCACAGUCAGUGCGUCGAUGUUGGUCGAUGACCGGGAUCCGAGGACUCGUGUAGCGGAGUUUUUAAAAUUCGGCGACUACAACUCAGCUUUCGACGCUGCAUUGAACGCUUCAGAUCUUGAAGUCGUUAUGUUUCUGUGCAAACAAGUGGAUCCUGUGGAAUUAUUCCAAGCGAAGGAUAAGCUGCCCCAGCCUACCAUUUUGUCUUUGAUGCAACAAUUUUCUAUGCACCUCAACGAAGAAACGGAAACGAAAAUAAGAUACAUGGAAGAAUCAAUCAUGGCGUUGGACCCAGAAGACGAAAUCACCCGCCAGCACAUGCCGGCUGUUUUAACAAAUCUUACCGAACAGGUAAACAUUGCUAUCGAGUGUUUGACGGAGACUGACCCAUCUAACAAACAGAUAAAACGGUUAAAGAUGCUGGUGAUGGCCUCCAAAUCUCUCCUCCACGGAGAUUAACAUUCACACAACAAGUUGACACGAAGUAACUGAGACUACCGUAAAAAAUGACCUACCUCCUACCAAAUCUGAGACGAAUGGAUACGCGUUGGAGAGAGCGAUUUAGUAAGCAGAUAUUUAUGAAAGUGGACACACAAACAUAGUUUUUUUCUAACUUUUUAGUCGUAGUAUAAAUACGAAUGUUUUUGUUGAGUUUUUUAAUUGUUAAAGUUCAGUGUCUGACUUCAUGCCAGCGA